AUGGAUGGCAGCAGCUAUUCUAAUGUUGAAUUCAUUCAAACUAGAAACUUUGACUUAGAUAUUUCUGUUGAUUUUGAUAAAAAAUCCCUUUCUGGAACUAACACUCUCACCUUGCAAGCAGUCAAAGACAAAGUUGGAGAAGUCAUUCUUGAUUUCUAAGGAAUGACUAUUUCAUUAGCUGAAGUCUAUUCAGAUGAAUAGAAAAAAUUCCUUACAGCCCCUAUCACCACAUAAGAUUUUCCAGUUCUCGGCUCAGCAGCUAAAAUUACACUUCCAUCAAUUCUCGCUAAAGACGACAAAGUUGUAGUAAGAGUAACCUACGCUACCAACGAUUAAGCUCAAGCCAUUAACUGGCUCACUGAAGCUCAAACCACAACCAAGACUUUGAAAUAUUUAUUCACUCAAUGCGAGCCUAUUCACUGUAGAUCAGUCGCCCCACUUCAAGAUACCCCAUCAAUUAAAGCUACUUAUUCAGCUAAAGUUACUGUAGCUGAUCCAUACGUAGUCAAGAUGAGUGCCAACGAGACUGCUCCAGUUAAGAACCCAGAUCAAAAGACCACCACCUAUAAUUUUUAGAACUCAAUCCAAAUGCCAUCUUACCUUUUAGCUAUGGCAGUUGGUAACUUGGCUUACAAGUCAACCGGCCCAAGAACUGGAGUUGUAGCUGAACCAGGUCCAGAUGCUCUCGAUAGAUACGUCAAGGAACUAGAGGACCUUGAAACCUUCUUAAAUACAACUGAAAAGUAUUUGACUCAUUAUAUCUGGGGAUCUUACACUGUCCUCGUGCUCCCAGCUUCCUUCCCUUAUGGAGGCAUGGAAAACCCACUUUUGACUUUCGCAUCACCAACCAUCAUUGUUGGAGAUAAGUCUCAAGUAUACGUUGCAACUCAUGAGAUUGCUCACUCUUGGACUGGAAAUUAAGUUACCUGCAAGGACUGGUCAAACAUGUGGCUCAAUGAAGGAUUUACAGUCUUCGAGGAGAGAAAAGUUUCAGGCCAACUUAAUGGUGCCAACUUCGCUAAGAUUGAAGCCUAACUUGGCAAUGUCUCCCUCUGGGUUGACAUUGAAAACUAUGGAGAGACUAAUUCCUACUCAAGUCUUUAUCCAGUACUUAACGGAGCUUCCCCAGACGACUCAUUCUCUCAAUUACCUUAUGAUAAGGGUUUCUAAUUCCUCACCUAUCUCGAGACUUUAGUUGGAGAAGAGGCCUUCCAAAAGUUUAUCUAAACUUAUGUCUUGAAGUACACUCAAUAGAGUGUAACCUAUCUAGACUUAAAAGCCACCUGGGAAGAUUACAUUAACACUAACUUCAAGGACAAUGCUACAACAAUCCUCGGAUUAGUCGACUGGGUUGCUUGGGUAACAAAGCCAGGAGCCAACCCAUCUGUCUACAAUGUUAGUUUCGAAACUGAUGAAGCUAAGGAAUUCGAAGCUCUUGCUGAUUCUUACAUCGACUUAAAAGGUAAAUCUCACCCAGACGGUUGGGACAAGUACCUCUCAGUCAAGGAUCCUUAACUCAAGAUCAUUUUCUUAAACAGACUUGUUGACAGACAAGACGAUGUGACUCUUGAUUUGAUGAAACUAGUUGAUGCAGACUUCAACUGCACAUGGGACAAGAACCCAGAGAUAGGUUAAAGAUGGUUACCUCUUGCCAUUGCUGUUCAAUACAACGAUGCUAUUGAAGGUGCUCACCACUACGUUUCAUAUCUUGGAAGAAUGAAGUACAUCAACCCAGUUUAUAUUGCCUUAGUCAAGAACGGCAGAAGAGACCUUGCUAACAAAUGGUUCAAGGAGAAUCUUGACUUCUAUCAUCCAAUCGCUGUAGCCAAUCUUAAGAAAAUCAUAUAUGGUUCUCUCGAGGCUAAAGAAGAGCACAUGAUUCAACUAUUCAGACAAUCAGUCCAAUCAGGAAGAAUCAUCAUCUGA